AUGGCAACUCCAACCAACAAAGAGCAUUUCUCGGGUGGACUUGCAAAGGUUUUGGCAGAAAAAUGGCAAGUUGACGUAAUGCUCAAGGCAAAGAAUAGUGAUGAGGGUUCAGCUAUCUCUGCCCACAAACUUAUUCUGGCAUCAAGAUCGGAGGUUUUUAAGAAUAUGUUCGAAUUAGACGAGUUCAAGACUUCGACUAAACAUGUGGAAACAAUUACUCUUUCAGAGAUGAAACAUGAAGAGUUAGAAGCUUUUGUUGAGUUUAUAUGCAGUGAUGGCUCAAUGCUUUCUGCCAACGUGAAACAACAUGCUCGCUCACUCUAUCUUGCGGCUGAUAAGUAUGAGAUUCUGCAUCUACGAGACCUAUGCAGAACCGAGCUUAUAUCUUCUCUGAGUUUGUUGAAUUCUCUUGACCUCCUUGUGCUCGCUCAAAUCCCUUUUGACAAAGUCCUCAACGAUGAAAGUUUCAGUUAUAUAAAAAAUAAUAUAAGUACGAUUGCUAGCUCUGAUGAGUUCAAGUUGUUCGUCGCCGGUAACCCAAAUCUUGCCGUGGAGAUAAUGAAGGUUUCUCUCAUUACUCUUACUUUACGCUGUUCCUCCUGUGGUUCAAACCAUAGUCUUCAAGGUAUGUACUGUUGUAAUUGUUGUCGCUACGGUACUCUUCGUUUGAUCUAGAGAAUCACAAUGUAUUUUAAUUUCUGUCGUAUCACUUCGAUAAAUCUCAUGUUCAC